GGCCACCUACUAACUGUGUUAACUCUGAAACUUGGGUCCUGAUAUUUGAACAUAUUGUAGCCAAUCAGCGUACGGAUGCAGAAAGCGCCUGCCGUUUGAAUGGUUUGCGGAACAACGCAGGGUCAGAUGUUAAUGAAACGGGUAGUGUUUAUGUAAGUGUAGUUAAUUGAUAAUUCAGGAAUUUAGAGAAGAAUGUAGCUAUUUCUUACAUCUAGACCGAUAAGUAGUUGUUCAAGUCAGCGUAACGUAGCCGAAAGUCGUAGACAAAUGAAGUGAAGAAUUGAAAUUAGACUUGGAACGUGAAAGAAGGUCCUUGUAUGUGCCAGACGGGGUGGAUAGCUAGUUAACAUUAGCUAGAAAGCUAGGAUGUUGACUGGUCAAGCAAAGUUUAUCGAAUCUAAUAAAACUACACUGAAGGUUUGAGAAAGGAAGGGGGUCGCUCAGUGGUUGUUUUCGGAACGUUACUGAAUUGUUUUGGAAAAGUUGGCACGCUUAAAUACUUAACAAGAAAGAAAAUGAAGAUUUCGGAUAGAAAUGUGAUGCGCUUGGCCGUCGUACAACACAUCCGCACAACGUACGGAAUAAAGAUGAAAAACUGGAACAAAAGCAAAGCAAGCAACAAGUUGACAGCAGGCCACUCGAGCAAAGUAUUUGGAGUGCCUCUGGAUACUUUGCGGCAGUGCAAUGUGGCUGAAUAUGGGAGCAUACCCUGCUUUCUGGUGGAUACUUGUACAUGUCUAAUGGAGCAUGUUGACACAGAGGGCUUGUUUAGGAAGUCUGGCUCGGUUGUUCGUCUGAAAGCCCUCAAAGCAAAGCUGGACCAGGGUGAGGAGUGCAUCCCUACAGCGCUCCCCUGUGACGUGGCUGGCCUCCUGAAGCAGUUCUUUCGUGAGCUGCCCGACCCAGUCAUCCCCCCCGAGCUGCACGAGGCUCUGCUGAAAGCACAGCAGCUGCCCACUGCUGAGGAGAGGACCUCGGCCACCCUGCUGCUGUCCUGCAUGCUGCCUGACAGAAACCUGCAUGCCCUGCGCUAUUUCUUCAUUUUUCUCAACAACGUUUCGCUGAGAUGUGCGGACAACAAGAUGGACAGCAGUAACCUUUCGGUGAUUUUCGCCCCAAACCUUCUCCAUUCCAGCGACGGGAUGGAGAAGAUGAGCAGCAGCACCGAGAGGCGCUUGAAGCUACAAGCUGCCGUGCUGCACUGCUUCAUUGAGAAUGCUCAGGCCUUUGGUGUGGUUCCUCAGUUCAUCGCCGAGAAGGUCCCUGCCAUGCUGGGCUGCGAGCCGGGGCUGGGCUCCCCUUUCCUGGAUGCCACCGAGGAUGGGGAUGUGGACUCUGGGGUGAAGAAGAGGAGGAGGCGCAGUCUUGGAGGCUUUUCAUCAGCUACUCCUGUGAUUAUGACUCCAAACACUAAACGGAAGCUCGGUCCAGAAUCUGCCUAUAGCAUGGGGUUCUCAAACAAGAAACGGAGAUCCAUCAAGAAGAACCUCGGUCUGGAAUUGCUUCCAAACGUUUUGUUUGGUAGCGGCUCCACCCCUGGCUCAGUACACCUUGAAUCCAGCCCGUCUGUGUCCCUGGACUCCUCCCAGAAUGCAUUGUCUUCAGUGGGCGUGGCCAGUAGGCACUCUGCCAGCUCUUCCAGGAGAAAGAGCAGACGAAUCAGCAAUAAGCAUGUCAACAGAGUUGAAUCUGGAAAGGCUGGCUGCUUCUCCCCCAAGGUCACCAAGAAAGAGGCAGUCCGCAAGUCCCUGCGGCUGCGCUUCAGUCUGGGAAAGAGCAGCAGAGAGCCUAGUGUCAUUUCACAUUCACUUCCGGCGCCAAAAGGAUCAGAGACCAUUGGCUGGCGACUUGCCACUCAAGAAAGCGCCACCAGUUUUCGGUUCACCACAGAGACCGCAUUUAGUCCUGCAGUUUUGCGAAUCAAGAACACCUCAAAAAGUUCCAAGUUUAUGAGCAAGUCUGAGGACAACUUGCUCACCCCCCAGUGCGAUACCACCGGACACAGGACGUCCUGGAAUGGAGCCAGCCCGGUUGGGCCCCAGAAAUUCAGCACAGACUCCUACACAGACACGCCCAUGGGUGCGUGCCUCAAGAACAACUACUUCUCGGAGCCCGUCCUGGUGCCAGGCAAGCCCCCGGUCAUCGGUGGCAUCCCCAAACGCCUCUGCUGCGUCACCAGUGCCGAGAGCCUGGAGGGCGACGGCUCCUUCACCGAGAGCGACCGCGUGACCGGCCCCACCCUCCUCAAGAUCAAGAGGGCCUUCACAGAGUCCGGCAGUGAUCUGCGCUCUCUCGUUCAGGACCACGGCGCCCCUUCUGGAGCGGCGGGGCAACCGAAGCCAAACGACACGACCUGCGGUUCCGUACACCCAGAGUCGUCUGCAAGAAGGGACACUGUGUUGGAGGGCAAACCGAAUGUGUACACGCCAAACCUAAAGAAGACUGUAGUGGAUGACCAGGACAUCACCUUUGGUCAAAUAGAAAUAGUGCCUUUGUCUCCUUUGCACAUAGACAGUGCCCUUUUUGAGACGGAUCCAUUGUAUUGUCCACUGGAGAAAGAGGGCAGCAGGCUGUUCCAGUCUACUGGUGGCAAUGAUGACGGUGUUAAAGAUGGAGAGACUGAGCAUGUAAAUAGCAGCAGGCUCAUUGAAGCCCUUGAUAUCAGCCCUCUGCACUUCAAACUUGGUCCCUCAUCGGAAGCACAGUCAACGCCUUACAGAAACGCAGUGCCUGUUCAGGAGCCGGACACUCCACUGCCUACUGCUAGUGAAGUCCCAGCAGCCACAGAGCCCCAGUCCAUGAAAGAGCCUGACCCCAGAGCGCUCGCGCGAAAUCCAGAAAACUCCUCAGACACCGCAGAGAUGCUCAGACUGAGAGUGGCUGAUCACGUCCAACGGUUCAACAAGCUCACCUUGAACUCCCCAAAGGCGAGAGGCUGCCGGUCCCCGCUCAAGUUCCAGCGUACCCCUGUGCGCCAGUCCGUCAGAAGGAUCAACUCCCUCCUGGGGGACCCGAGACCCUCGCGGCCCGACAGUUGCACAGCCGCUGUGGGGUCCCCCAUUGUGAAGUCGGUUAGUUGUGAUAGCGGCCUGUCUAAGUGUGCAGAGCUAACGCUGCACCAGGCUGAAAGCCAGGUUUACGUUUCCUGUGCCCCUUCUAACAAGCGGUACAGCUCACGGGUGCCCCCUCCUGUCCCACCCAAGAAGUGCACUAGCAUCAGACGACAAAGCCUGCAUACCGCACUUGGUGAUGUGACCAACAAGAUGCAGCAGAAGGCCAAAGGUGACCUGCCCCUGCCAAAUAAGAGCAGUACAACAACAGCGCAAAACCCAGGGAUGUCUGCUGUCCGUGAAAUCGCUGAGAAAGAAAAGUGCCGCUAUAAGGGCUCGCCAAAGAACCCCCUACCUGAAGGCAGGCUACGUUCAGCCACCAAGCCCAUCGAUCUAUGAAUCUCACGCUUGACCUCAUGCUACGUGCAAUGGUAUGGUCCAGCUGAGAUGGACUAAAUUGCUUCAGACCAUUCCAUUUUUUUAUUAGACUUUCCUGAGUACCUUAUAAUUUGUUUACUCAGUUUCCAAAUGCUGUUCUGUGUAAUGUGACUGAUUGCAUAAUGUCUGUUUAACUACUGAUGUGUCAACCUUAUUUUAUGUUGCAGCCAAAAUGUUUUAAAGCGGGUUUGCAUUUAUACAUUGUUCGGUAGUAUUGGUGCAUGAGGGGUUGACUGAGAGAAUUAUUUUAGCCUAUAGUGCUCAUUGUGCAGUUUGUGGUUGAGUGAGCAUGGAUGGUUGGAUUUCGAGUCUCUAGUAAUUAUUUAUACCUAAUUUCUUGUGGGUUAUUUUCAGAAGUAAUGUGUGGGGAAAACUGGUGUUGGUUGAAGUUCGGCUUUUUCCUUUAAAUUCUAUUUUGUGCAUUUCGGUUAGAUGUUGGUUGGUAAAAUAUGCCUUGUAUUUAUAGAAACAUUUUAGCUUUGGACAUAUUUAAGAAUGAGGUUUAAUUAGCAGUAUUACUUUUAUUUGAUUUUUUAAAAUUUGUGAUACAGUCUGUCCAUUUCAAAACAAAAUGGAAAAUGUAAAAAAAAAGAAAGUAUUUUUGCCUUGAAAUAAUGUACAGAUUAAGUUAAAGAGUUCACUGGGUUUAGUGUGCGUUUUUGAUUGGUCCAGGCCGCUUUUGUGUACAAUGACGGAUACUUUACAUACUUCAAGGCGUUUCUGACAACCUACAGUAUAAGCUUAUGGUAUCAGGGCUUUCAGGAGGUGACUCCAAAGCACUGAUGUUAUGCCUUCUGACCUUUUGCCAGACUUUUCUGCAAAAAGCUAUGUUUAUACUUAUUUUUAUUUGACAUGACCAUGCAACCUGCACUGCGUGAAAAUAUGGUGUGGCUUUCAACAUCAGCAUUUCUUCAUGGAUCUUGGGAUGUGUAGAGCUUGUGCAGAGUUUGAGAACUGAUGAGAAUCUGCUCAUAUGUUAAGCCUGUGGAAGCAUAACAUCACUAUAGGCUGGUUUGGGGUUACUUGGCGUGCAUUUUCUUGCUUUAGACCACAAACCCCUGAACGCCCUGGUAUCUGGCAGGUUGUCAAACUUCUCUAAAUGUUAAGUAUCCAAUUUAUCCUUUGUUGCACUCAAACUGUCUAGGGUAGUCAAAAACAUACACUAAUGCUGAAAUCUAUCAACAAAUUAUGAUAUUUUCUAUCACAAUUUACGAUAGUGAAUACCCAUUGUAAACUACUCCUUUAAGUACAAAUCCAACCUGUAAUAAACUAUGCACAAACGUUGGUAAUUA